CGCUGCAGAGAGAGCAGCGCUAUUAUCUCCUCUAUAUACAUAUAUAUAAUCAUACAUACAUAUACACACACACAUAUAUAUAUAUAUGUAUGUAUGUAUGUAUGUAUGUAUGUAUGAUUAUAUAUGUAUAUGUGUGUGUAAAUCUAUCUCUAUUGCUCUCUACUUUUUUGUACCUCUUUAUGUGUGCACAUAUAUGUUAUACAUAAGUUGUUAACUCAUUGGCUAGUGACAAGAUCAAGAAUGAUACGAGUGUAAACUCUCUCGUAUAUACGUAGAUUUUUACGAUACGUAGAAAUAUUUUAUCGGGAAAUAAAAUUAUUGCAGACAAAUUUUCUCCGACAAAUUCUUCAAUUUUCAUCGUUCUCUUACAAUUAACAACGAUUAUUUUAUGCGAUCAAUGAUAUAGUAGCACAUGCAGCAGCCUUACCUGGCCAAACAUGAUUACAUUCAGUAUUUGACGAUGAUACAUGCCAACAAUGUGAUUAGACACUUUUUCAAAUAAAUAGACUUAGAAAUAGAUAUGCAAUAUAUGUCAUUAUUGUUAUCACGUAUUGAGAUAAAUCGUUGACAUUAUAAUAGAAUCUAUAAUUUGAGAAGAUUUAAAAAGAUAAAAUAUAAAACCAUGUUAUUAAUAAGAAGUGGUCAAAAACUGGGCGCAUUUUAUGGAUUGUCAACGUAUAUUAAUAACUCUAAUGAAAAAAAGAUCAAGAUAACUUUAAGCAGUUUAUGUUCCUUUAAGAAUUUUAAUACUUUAUCCUCUGUCAAAAUUAAGUACAAAUAUAAAAUACAAUUUGACAUAGGCGAUAAUGUUAAACCUUUGUUAGGAUUACCUACAUUGUGUUAUAUUAAUUUAUCCAAUUGUCAGGAGAGAAGAUAUUCGAGAUUAGCGGCGAGAAUAUUGAAUAAUUCUUCUCCAAAAAUACAACCAUACAUGAGGCUUAUGAGAAUAGAUAAACCUAUAGGAUCAUGGUUGUUAUUUUGGCCUUGCGGCUGGAGUAUAGCUAUGGCGGCAUCUCCAGCUUCUUUACCAGAUCUUAAAUUAUUGACGCUAUUUGGAAUAGGUGCAUUUAUAAUGCGAGGCGCUGGUUGUACCAUAAAUGAUAUGUGGGAUAGUGAUAUCGACAAAAUGGUAGCGAGAACAAACGAUAGACCUUUGGCUACUGGACAAAUUACGUAUUUACAGUCGUUAAUUUUUCUUGGAGGACAAUUGAGUUUAGGUUUACUUGUCCUAUUACAAUUGAACUGGUAUAGCGUUUUACUUGGUGCAAGUUCUUUAGGCUUGGUAAUAAUUUAUCCUUUAAUGAAAAGAGUAACGUAUUGGCCUCAAUUUAUAUUGGGUAUGACCUUCAAUUGGGGAGCUCUCUUAGGAUGGUCAGCGGUGCGAGGAUCAUGCGAUUGGUCUAUAUGCUUACCACUUUAUGUCAGUGGAAUUUGUUGGACUAUCAUAUAUGAUACCAUUUAUGCCCAUCAAGACAAGGCGGAUGAUCUACUGUUAAACAUUAAAUCGACCGCAUUGAAGUUUGGAGACAAAACGCAACUUUAUUUGUCUGCCUUUGGUGUAUCUAUGAUAGCAGGAUUACUAACGUCUGGUAUUGUAACUGCGCAAACUUGGCCAUAUUACGUAGCAGUAGGAUUAACUGGAAAACAUCUCGUCAGUCAGAUAAAUACUUUGGAUAUCAAUAAUCCUAAUGAUUGUGCUCAUAAAUUUGUAUCUAAUCAGAGAAUAGGUAUGAUCAUUUUUGUAGGCAUUAUUUUGAGUAAUCUAUUGAAAGAUCCUCGAAAGAAACAAGAUGAAGAAAAUAAAUAGUAUAGGGAGAAAGAUUGUAUAAAAGAAAUAUACGGGUUUUUAGAGUGCCAUUGAUGAGUUUUAGUUAAUUUAUAGUUCUCUGAUAUAAGUUAUUUUAUCUGAGAAAGAAAAUACACAAUACUUGCAUAUUA